GUCGUAAUGUGGUCCAAUGGAGUAGUAGAAAAAUAGUUUUCGAGAAAAAACACAUUUUGUACAUAGGCCACUUUUUCCAGGGCAUUUGCUGGGAUGCUUAUAUCUCCAUAAAAACUCAUCAAAAAAUUCUGGGAGGCGUCUCAUUAUGACAAAAACACUUUCUUGUAUUAGAUUGUGAGUAAGAAAACUUUUGAAUGUACAGAAAAGGAGAGAAAAGUUUAUGAAACUAAAAAAUUGAGUUUUUUUAGAAAAAACUUCAUAAUGUAUAACUUUUUGAAGAAAGGUCGUGAAGUGCUGGGAGUGAUUUCAUUUUGUAGUCCACAGUUUCCUCUACAUCAGGCUAUGCUCAGCUCAAAAUUCCAAAAUUUUUUAAAAAAGAGGAGGGGAGGUUCAGAGAGGUCUAUGAUUGUUUCUUUCUGUUCAUUUUCUAAAUGCUGCUAAAUAAUUUGUAUUGUUUUUUUUUUGAUAUUUAGAAGAAGAAGAUCGACGUAUUGAAGAUCGAAUGGUUGGAAAAAUGAAUUUGGAUGAAAUGAAAAAAUCAUUGGAUAAUGCUCGUCGAAAUAAUGAACAAUCAUCAUCACAAUGUGAUACAUUGUUAUCAAGUAUUCUUUCAAAAUCAUCAUUGUCUUCUUCAAUUAUGAAUCAUCUCAAUUUUAAUUUACCGUCAAUUGAAUAUGAUUCUUCAUCUAUAAUUUCUACACUUCCAAUUGAUCUUUAUCAUAGUCCAUAUAGUCAUUUUAUUAAAUAUUCAUUAUUUAUUCCAAUAAAAAAUCUUCCAGUUGAUUAUCAACAAUAUUUAUCUCUAUUUUCAAGUUUAUUGUUUCAUACAAAUAUUUCUUAUCAAAAUCAAUAUAUUCCAAAAUUUAAUUUUUGUGAAAUGUUUUCAAAUGAUAUUAUUGAAUCAAGUGUAACAUUGGGUAUAUCUUCUUCAUCACCAAUUCAAUCAGGAUUUAUUGGCGGACAUUAUAUUGAUACAUUAACAAUUAUAUUACAAACAUCUUAUGAUACAUAUCUAAAGAGUAUUGAAUAUUUAAAAUAUAGUUUAUUUGGUAUGAUAUUUGAUGAUUAUAAUAUUAUUAUAGAAGAAUGUGAAAAACAAUUAAAAUAUUUAAUUGAACAAUUACAAGAUGGUGAAUUGAUACAACAACAAUAUUUUAAUUGUUUGAGAUUAAAACAGUCAAAAUCAUCUUAUUAUCAUCAAUUAAAUAUCUUUAAUCAAAAAUUAUUUUUUGAAACUUUAUUAAAAAAUCCAGAAAAAUAUAAAAAAGAUAUAUUACAUAAUUUAGAACAAAUAAGAUUAUUUAUUGUUAAAAAUUUAACACAAUCACAUUUGACUAUUUGUGGAGAUUCUGAUAAAAUUAAACCAAAUAUGAAGAUAUUAGAAGAAUUUUAUAAUGAAUCAAAACAUGUCAGUCUCUCUUCUUUACUACUGGAUAAUUCUUCUCAAGAUAACAAAAAUGAUGAUAAUGGUCAAAAAUAUGUUCAUUCGACUAUUAUUGGAGUGGCGCAUGAAGAAUCAGCUUAUAUUCUUCGAUGGUCAAAUUGUUCAAUAGAUAAAAAUGACCUUAUACCACUUUUGAUCUUUACAACUUAUAUGAAUUUAGAAAAUGGUCCGUUAUGGACGGCUUGUCGUACUAGUGGUCAUGCCUAUGGUGUUUCAUAUGAUUUUGAUUUGACAUCAAAUACCGUUUUAUUGGCAAUUGAACAGUGUUCAGAAGUAACAUUGGCCUACGAUAGUGCAAUGAAAAUAAUUGAUCGAUUAAUUAAUAGACAAAUACCAUUAGAUGAUAAACGUUUUUUAGCGUCAAAAAAUUCUACAUUAUGUUCUCUAAUUGAACAUAUCAAUACAUUAGGAAAAGCGACAAAUGUUUGUCUAAAAUCUUAUUUGAAUGAUUUUAAUUUAGAUAUGUAUCAACAUAUUUUAGAUGAACUAAAAUUGUUCAAAUAUAAUGAGACACUUAUCUAUUCAAUUAUUGAUAAAUAUUUGGAACCAUUAGUCAAUAAUAAUAAAUCAUCAACACUCAUUUUGGUUAAUACAACUAAAAUGAAAAAUACCAAUACAUUUUUAACGAACAAUUAUUUACAUCAAGAUAUUACGAUGAUCAAAGAUAUUAUGAAAUAUUUUAUGGCUGAAAAACGUCGAUAA